AUGUUUCGCAAUGAUUAUGAUGCAAAGCUUGAUACCCAUGCUUUGGAAGCUGGUGCAAUGGAAGAGUCGUGUGAGGAGGACAAUAAUGACAGUGAUGAAGAGGAUGCAGCUGUUGUUGCACAGUCUUUGAUGAGACCAGCAUCAGAAGAACUGGAUGAUCACCUGCUUCACUCGCCAUUGAUAGGGCCCAAUGCUCUCCCAAGGGAACCAUCUUCCCCUCCUCCUGCUCCAAUACAAAAUUCUUCAACCACAGAUCAGUUGUUACCAAAAAAGCUAUGGGCAGAACGCUGGAUUCAACCUCCCCCUCUUGAUUUUACUCCUAUUUUCUUUGAUGAUGAACGUGUUCAUGCUAUCUUUAAAACUACAUCAGAAAUCCAGCGUGAAGGAAUAGUCAGUCCUGGGUUUCAGGUGAAGGGUACUAAUGAACAAGAGCUUGCAGCAGAGCUGAUUGUACUGAUGAGGACCUCAAUCCAAAGUGGAGACUGGACUAGAAUUUUAUCACCAGACUGCCACUUUAUGCGGGUGGAUGACCAAGACAAUUAUGUCUCCUCAGGUCCUGGACUUGAACAAUCAACUAUGACUGAAGUUUUCCACCAGUUCUUUGAGGAACGUGAAGAUGAAUUCUGUACUACACUCUAUGAAGACUACACCACACUCCAGUGCAUGGAUUUGCAAAUAUCGCCCAGCAAGCAUGAAGAGCUAGUGUUGUUUGGGGCAGUCACUGCAUUGGCUCUUGUGUAUGGUCAUUACCCAGGGCACUUGAAUCCCCUUCUUCUAAUCUAUCUUCUCAAUAAUUGUGACCUAUCCUGCCUUCAUCGAGACUUAGUCUCCUCAUAUCUCCCUUCUGUCAGCGAGAUGCUUGAUCGGUGGCUCAACCUUGGACCCACUGAUAGUAUUGGAGAAUUUGCUUCCCAUUUUGCCUCAUAUCAUAACAUUCAGAUUGGAGUAUUAAAUGGUCGUUCAGAAGCUGGUCACCAAAAACUUGCAUCAGAAAUGCUGCAUAACGUUGUUAUUGGUCCAGUUGGAGUUGAGAAUGCAUAUUUUACUGCUUUCAUUAAAGGCUUCUUGCUCCCUGGCGCUGCAGGCUUUAAUUUAGCUGAUAUUGUGCACAGCUUCUUUGGAGGUCCUGAAGAAUUUUUCCUUGAUGAAUUGGCAGAUGCACUUAGCAUUGCUGGUCCUCACUUUGCUGGGAAGACUUUCGAAGAUGUCAUCAAAGACUUUCUUGUCAGCAUUGGAGCACCGUGCCCACAGCUACUUGCUGUUACCAAGGACCGAUUUAGCCCUGAGGUCAAAGCCAGCCUGUCUGGAUUGCAAUCUCCUACAUUCCGAAUGCGUUUGAUGUGUUGGGCUGUGACAGGUGCACCAAGAGUACUUCGCGAUGGCGAGCCAAUGCAAGUGAGCAUUCUAUCUAAUUAA